GUCUUUAAUAUAGAAAAUAAGUAUAGCACUAAAACUGCAUCAUCAUUCCGCAUUCGUCAGUCGUCACUGCUAGCCUUUGCCUAUCUGCCUUGCCUCAAGCAAUCAAGAAGGAAAAAUGAAUUCAAACUGCAGAUCGUGCUUUACAGAUUCCAGUGAUUCGGAUAGUGAGAAUGAAUUUGAACUUUGCUGUGCGGGAGGAUCAUGUUCACGAGGUAUCAGCGCACUUGAGAUGCCGACAAACUCCAGCGCUCUGCCCUUCGACCCUGCAUCAAUAGAGAACAUAAUAUUGGCGAUCAGCGACCAAUUCAACUUUCGUAUCCUGUUAAACGAUAGCCGAGUAAAGAAGGCUGCCAUUAUAACUGCAGGAUUAACGUUGGCUGGAAGUAUGAUUGGAAAGCAUUAUGGAGGGAAAGCUGGCGCGGCAGUGGGUGGCGCCAUUGGCGGCGUAUGUGGGCUUGGAGUUGCCGUUGUGACAAUGCGCGAUAUUUGGCAAAAUAUAAAGGGAAAACUAAGUGAAUUAUAUGAUAUAGUCUACGAUUACCUGGCUGGAAUGGGAAUCGAUGAUUAUAAGAUGGCCGCGAAUUUCCUGAUCAAACAUAGUGGCCAGAGCUCUCAACUGGCCAUGAUAAUUUUGGAAGUAACUUCUAGUGUACUGGGAAAGAAAAUUUUGUCUAGUUUAACCAAUAUGUAAAUGUUUGUUUUUGACCUAACGACGUUGAAAAAUUCUUGACCCAACGACCAGUGAUGAUUACUUUUUACCGCGUAUUUUACAGACAACUAGGUUCCUAGACUGUAACUUUACAUAAUUAUUUACAACUUUACAAGACUGAGAUAUGACUUUACUGAGAUAUGAAUUAAAGUUCUAGGUUAAGUAUUAUUUACGUCAGUGACGUGAAUAAUACGUAACCUAGAACUUUAAUUAUUUAUUUUUAAUUUAUUACAUGAAUUAAUUGGAUAUGAUGUGUAACUUACUUAAUUAUAAAUUAUUAUUAGAUUAUUAAUUUGGAUUGAUUUGUUAUUUGUAUAUACAAGUGACUAUUGUGUAUUUCAUCUUUAUUUGCUUUCUCCAUAUUUUAGUUAUUCUUUCUUUACUGUUUUAUUUUUCGUUACUUUUUGUUUUUCUGUGCAAAUAUUUACAUUCUUAACUAUCAAAAUACAGCUUGUAUAUAUGUCGAAUUUUAAAUUAUGUUCUAAUUAAUGUGAAUGUGUGUGAAAUCUAAUAAAUAUAAAAUAAUAAUAUAUGCUAUGCAAUGAUAAAGUU